GUAGCUUCGUAUUCUAUGGAAAAUAUGGCGAUGAUAGCGGUUCAUGCAAAUUGUGGGCGAUGCUAUCGCAAUAAUCAACAAUAAUUUAAUUUUCGGAGUUCUCGGUGCGGCUGAUUUUCGGCCUUGGCGACGAUGCAGCGAUACGACAUUUUGAUUCAGGAGAUCGAGGGCAUCGACGAUUAUCUGGGCCCGACGUUUCGAGCAAUUUACGAUGGCCACGAACAUCAGAAGUUUAUGGAGAAGCUCGACGAUCGUAUUAAGGCUCAUGACAAAGAUAUCGAGAGGAUGUGCAAUCAUCAUUAUCAGGGAUUUAUCGAUUCCAUUCGAGAACUCUUACAAGUUCGCUCACAAGCACAGCAAUUAAAUGCAGAAAUAUUGGAGCUUGAUAAAUGCAUUACCGCCACAUCUACUAAAGUGAUCGAGAAGGGUGAGGAACUUGUGAAAGCUCGCAAAGUCGAGAGCAAUAUGGCUGCUGCUGUAGACAGUCUUACUAUGUGCCUUCCCGUCUUAGCUGCUUAUGCAAAGUUGCAAAAACAAUUAAAGGAUAAGCGUUAUUAUCCAGCAUUGAAGACACUGGAACAGUUGGAGCAUCACGAUCUGCCAAAAGUGACAAAUUACAGGUUUUCAUCUCAAAUCACGCAGCAGAUUCCACAGUUGCGAGAAAAUAUAAAGGAUGCCUCUAUGUCUGACUUACGAGAUUUCUUGGAAAAUAUCAGAAAGUAUUCGCCAAAGAUUGGAGAAGUCGCGAUGAGGCAUACUGCUGAACAGUUAGCAACUGAAGCAGAAAUCGUCGGCAGGAAGAAAAAAAAAUCUUACACGAACAAUCAUUCGAAUGAGGGGGAAGAAGAACUGAGUGCUCAAGAUUUAAUGGACUUCAGUCCGGUGUAUCGAUGUAUGCAUAUCUACACUGUGCUUCGUGAAGGAGAAACUUUUAAGAAUUAUUAUAGACAACAAAGAAAGCAACAAGCCAGGCUAGUUUUACAACCGCCCAUUAACAUGCACGAGAGUAUAGUCGGUUAUCAGACUUACUUACACGGUAUCAUCGGUUUCUUCGUGGUGGAGGAUCACAUAUUAAAUACCGGUAACGGACUAGCCACUCGUGCGUACUUGGACGAGCUUUGGGCCAUGGCGUUAUCCACUAUAGUCAAUGCUUUACGCACGCAUUCGGCAUAUUGCACAGACGCUACACUUAUAUUAAAAAUUAAGAAUCUUAUCAUGCUAUUCAACACUACUCUGAGGAAUUACGGCUACUCUAUAGGACAGCUUUGGGAUCUGCUACAAGAAAUCAGAGUACAUUACAACGAAGUGCUGAUGCAGCACUGGGUUCAAGUGUUUAGAGAUAUCUUAGACGAAGAUAGUUUUCUUCCAAUCCAGGUCACAACGCAAGCAGAAUACGACGAAAUUCUUAACCUAUUUCCUUAUCAUGACGAGGAAUUGCAGAAAGCUGAGUUUCCUAAGAAAUUUCCAUUUUCAAACAUGGUGCCGAAGGUUUAUCAGCAAGUGAAAGAGUUUAUUUACGCUUGCCUAAAAUUUUCAGAAGAUUUGAACUUCACGCAGACGGAAAUCGACGAGAUGAUAUGUAAAUCAACAAAUCUUUUGUUGACAAGAACUUUCAGUGGGUGUUUGUCAUCGUUGUUUCGCAAGCCAUCGUUAGCGCUUUUGCAAGUAGUGCAAAUUAUCAUAAACACGGGAUAUCUCGAGAAAUCCACAAAAUAUUUGGAAGAAUUUGUGACUAACAUUACUGGCACGCCACAUCAAGGACAGUUAAGCUGUAUGAGUGUUGAAUCCGCCAUGUUUCGAGUUGCACGGGACGACGCCGAGAAGCAGAUUUGCGAUAAACUGAAGAAUAAGCUGGAUGAAUUUUUAGAGUUGGAGAAUUAUGAUUGGAACUUGGCAGAGCCGCAAGGACACGCUUCAGGAUUCAUCACAGAUCUCAUAGCCUUCUUGCAGAGCACCUUUACAUGCUUCACUAACCUACCUGAUGAAGUAGCUCAAGUAGCAUGUAAGUCUGCAUGUUCUCACAUUGCGAAAGCCAUAUUAGGCAUAUUAAUCAGCGAAGAUGUGAAGCAGAUAUCCAUGGGUGCUCUGCAGCAAGUUAACUUAGACACCAUACAGUGUGAACAGUUUGCUGCUUCCGAGCCAGUCGUUGGCCUGCCAGAAGGAAUAUUAUUGCAAUACUUUUCGCAAUUAAGACAAUUAUUAGAUCUAUUCAUGAGCUGGGACUGGCCUACCUAUUUUCAUGAUUACGGUCAUGAAUCUAGCAAAUAUAACUUAGUAACUCCGAACAUGGCUGUUUUGCUGCUGGAAAAGUUGAAAGAAUCCGACAAGAAAACAGUGUUUUCUGUAUUAAAGAAAAGUGAAAGAGAUAAAAAGAAACUGCUCGAGACUGUGCUAAAGCAGUUGCGUCAAUUGGCACAGACUACUCAGCAGCAGUAGAGAAUGUAGAAGGAAAAAAUUAAAUCAAUAAUGUAACAUAUGUAUUUGAAAACUUCUGUAAAUAUAGUAAUUUUUAUAUAUUAG